AUGAAAACACUACGUGAUACAAAUAAUAAUUAUAGUAAUACAACAGGUAAUACAACUCAACAAAAUUUUUCUUCAUCUAUUUUAUCAACAAAUAUUCGACAAAAUUUAAUUCCAUCAAAUACAUCAUUACAUUCUAAUUCGACAAUAAUAGAUUCAGAUGUUAACACUUAUCCUUCAUUAUUAUUAACACAAAAUCAUCUUCAACAACAAACAAUCUAUCGUACUAAUCAUGAUCAACUAUCAUCCCAUUAUAAUACUCAACCAAUAACAUCGAAUUCAAAAUUUACAACACAAAAUAAUAAUAGUAUCAAUUCAAAUUCUCUUCAAACACCAUCAAAUCCAUUUGCUUCUAUGUUCAAUGGCGAUAUAAAUCAAUUAUCAUCUAUGGUUCAAGCAUAUUUAAGUAAAUUUAGUAAUAAUCAAAUACUUCAAUCAGAUGCAAUCAAUCCAUUAUUCUAUUUACAAUUAAUGAAUACUAAUACAAUGUUUAUGCAACAAUUAUUAAAUAAUCAAAAUAAUAUAUUUUCAUUACAUUAUGAUUCAAUUAAACAUAAUCAAUGUUCAACUUCUCUAUAUAAUCAACAAAUACCAAUAUCAAAUAUUGAUUUAUCAAAAGAUAUAAUAAAUUCAGGAAGAAAUUCUCAAAUAUUACAAGUUGAUUCAAAUAUAUUUGUACCUAAAACACGUCCUAUGACAAAGGAUGAGAUAGCUGAACAUGCACGAUUAGUUUAUCAAAGAGCUUUACAACGAAAUCAAUUACAACAACAUAAUGAUCUCAUGAAACAUUUUUAUGAUACAUUAAAUAUGAAACAAUAUGAUUCUUCAACGAAUAAUAUCAAUAAAUCAAUCAAUAAUAAUGACGUACCAAGUGUACCUAAUGUUGGUAAUAUCGCAACGAAUGGUACAUUUGAUGUCUUUGAUACAAUGAUUGCAUCACCAUCAUCAUGUCUUUCAAAUAAAGAACCUAGUGUAAAUGCAGCUCUAUCAUCAUUAUCACUUAUUUCAGCUGAUGAUGUUAAAAUGAUGGAUAAUAUUGGUUCAACACUUGAUCCAAGUGCACCAAUAUUUAUUCCACGUCAAAGUCGAUCUAAACUUCAUGAUGAUGAUAAUGAAACAUCAUCUUCAUCAUCAGAUUCUGAUUUUAAUGAUUUUCAUUAUCUUGAUCAAUUUCUUGAAGAAUUUUAUAAUUCAGAUAAUGAAAAUGAUAAUCAUUUAAUUACUCAAAAAACUUCAUCACCUGAAACAACGAAUAUUGGUGAUGAAUUUUCAAAUAAUAAUAAUAAUAAUAAUAAUAAUAAACAUAAUAUCAAUAAUAAUAUACUCGGUCAAGGUGAUACUAUUGAACAAUUAACUUGUGAAACAACCGAUGAAAUUCUUGAACAAUCUUUAUCGACAACAAUCGAAAAAUCAGAAUAUCAAUAUUCAAUUUAUGAAUUACUUAAUCGAUAUCGUAAUCCUCGUUGUCAUUUGGUUCUACCUGAAUGGUCACGUUUAUCAUUAAUUCUUCCUAAUGUAUGUUCUAUGCGUGCUCAUACAUACAAAAUUAAACGAUAUUUUGCUUAUCGUCGUCGAUUACAUGAAGAUCAAGAUUUGAAUAAAGAUCUUAAUAUUUCAAUAACAUCAAAUAUCUCUGUUCAAGGAUAA